CAGAAAUAGUUGGACUUUUUUUUUUUUUUUUUAAAUUUUUUUAAAAACCUGUAAACAAAGUGACAGAGACUACGGAUAUUUUGCAGCACGAAUGGAAAGGAGGUAAAGCUUCACUUCCAAAGGUCCGCGCAAAGUGCAGGAGAGUGGAGAGCCUCAGCAGCUGUGCCAAGAGAGGAUUUAGAUGAAGAUCUGAUUGUUUUCUGUGAUUCUGUUAAACAUCUGCUUUAUUCAAAAUCAAUAGGCUACCAAACACAUACCAAGAACCUCAGUAUGCAAUAAGUCUAUGUGAGAAACUUUGAAUGUGACAUAUUAGUUUGAUCCCUUUGGAAUGCACUGAUCGUUUAUAUUUGAUUACUCCUAAUUUGUUUAGCAAAAUAAAUUAAUUUUAAUUCCUAAACCGGCAACCUAAACAGACGUGUCUUUAUUGCUGGGUAAACAUACGCAAAUAAAUCUAACAACCACAGGCUGGUGUGAGACCUCUUGCUGCUGACCUGGAAACCUGAGGCAGACUUUAUAGUGCAACAUUUUUUCUUCUUCUUUAUCUUCAACAAAACCCCGCCAAAUACCUUCCCUGACCUGAGACAAUGUUGUUGAUCAGACUACUGGCAAUCUUCCUCGUCCUCAUCACUAACACGUGGCUGCUCAGCCCAGUUCGCUCUGAUGCACUCAGCCGGUACAAACGCGCCAUGGCCCGGCGGGCAGACCGUGAGCUCUCCAGGCUAACAGGUGAACCCUGCACCGUCUCCGGCGUCUGGAGGUCCCGGCGGCAACCCCGCUCCCUCUACCCGUCCCAACAUCGCCCUCCAGCGGCUCGUCCGAGGACGCACACGAGCCGGAGAGAGCCGUACACUGUUAAGAGCGCUCCUGCGGUUUGUGCAGGAGGGUGCAGGUUUGACACCGGGGUGCACCGGGUCGUUCCCGCGGGGGAGGACAGGCGAGGCUGGGGAGACGCAGACGAUGUGGCGGUGGGAGCGGCGGACGGAUAUGUCACGUUGCCCGGGCGGCUCUUUGAGAAACGCUCCCUAGAUGACAAUAGAGAGGCAAAUUAUGUCAGUGAAAACACCACACAACCGCCCGGGAUGUCUUUGCUUAAAGACGCCGGGCAGACCGCCUCCUCAACGGGCCACGCGCAGUCCUCGCGCGGCUCCCGCCCCAGGUUCACCCGCAGCCUCGGCGGGACGUUUCCUUAUGACGAAGACGGCAACUCCAGUUGGGAAAAAGUUUUCCCCGACAGCUCAACAGAUUCCAGGGGGCUCCAGGUCCUCCACAGGCUGCAGCAGGAAGAUGGAGACCAGCAGUCUUCGACCGGGACCGUGGAGGACGGUACGGAGGACUACUCCGGGGAGGUGGAGGAGACGGAUCCGCCCGCGAGCCUGCCCGUCGGAAGCUCCUCUCCCUGGGGGAGUCCCGUGCCGAGGGUGCCCCCUUCCUGGAUGACCGCCCUGUACUUCAGCGGGCGUCGGGAGCAGCUGAGGUUGAAGGCGGAUGCAGGGGUGGAGCUGCCGAGGGCCAAGUUCAGUCUGGAGCUGUGGGUGAAGCCCGAGGGAGGGCAGAGCAACCCUGCAGUCAUAGCAGGUGUUUUUGACAACUGUUCCCAUUCACUGAGUGAGAAGGGCUGGUCGGUAGGCAUCCACACUGUGGAACCUGCUGCCGCCAAAGACGCACGGUUCUACUUCACGCUUCGCACAGACCGAGCUGUAAAAGCCACCACUGUCUAUAGCCACCAGCGGUACAGAGCCAAUGCCUGGACUCACCUGAUGGCCACUUACAACGGCCACAACAUGACCCUGUAUGUUGAUGGAGCUAAGGUGGGAGAGAGCAGUCUGCAGUUGGGGAAUCUCUACAGUCCCUUCAUGAAAACGUGCAGAACCCUCUUCCUGGGCAGUAACCAAUCAGAUCAGGGACACAGCUUCAGGGGCCACAUAGGGGGUGUGGUCUUGUGGGGCUACGCCCGCUCUCACGAGGAUCUGCUGAAGCGGCCACUUCAAAUUGACAAAACUGAGCCGCUGCUGGCGAUGUGGGCUGACUUCACUAAUGUGGAAGAGCUGUGGACUCCACACAAAGUUGGCCUCCAUCCGACCAUCAUCACCACUCCUGUCCCUGAACAAGAACUUGUCUCCUCGUUCCUCCCACCACCCUGUGGCUUGACCCCCUGCGACAACACUGACAUCAUCUCUGGCUACAACGACAACUGGGAGCUCCGUGCCACCAAGCAAGUUCGAUACCGGAUCGUCAACCUCUCUGACGACGAUGGUGAAAACCCCACCGUGUCACAAGCCCAGAUCCAGCUCCAGCACCGGGCUCUAACCGAGGCCUUUAACCCUUACAACAUCACCCUGGAUCUGAGUGUGCACAGCGUCAGAAAUUCCAGCUUAAGACAGCGGUUCAUCCUCAGCAACUGUCGAAUUGGGAAGAUUGGGAACCGCCAAUGUGACCCUGAGUGCGACCACCCGAGGACAGGCCAUGAUGGAGGGGACUGCCUUAGACUGGGGCCCUGCUACAACUGGAAGAGACAGGACGGAGUUUGUAACAUGGAGUGCAACAGCAUACACUAUGACUACGAUGAUGGAGACUGCUGUGACCCCGAGGUCACUGAUGUCCUCAAGACCUGCUUCGAUCCUGAGUCCCCUGACAGGGCCUACAUGAGUGUGAAAGAGCUAAAGGAGGAGCUUCACCUGAGCGGCACUGACACACUCAAUGUUUUCUUUGCAAGCAACUCAGUGCAUGAAGAGCUGGCAGGAGCAGCAACCUGGCCAUGGGCAAAGGAAGCUCUUACCCACCAAGGUGGGAUGGUGCUGAACCCAUCCUACUUUGGUACUAUGGGCCACCACAACACCAUGAUCCAUGAGAUGGGCCACAUCUUUGGACUGUACCAUGUCUUCAAGGGGGUGAGCGAGCGGGACUCCUGCGAUGACCCAUGUCAGGAGACCACCCCAUCCAUGGAGACAGGAGAUCUGUGUGCUGACACUGCACCAACACCCAAAUCCAAAGCCUGCCACGACCCUGGAGCCGUCAAUGAUACCUGUGGAGUCACCAUGUACCAAGACACACCGUAUAGCAAUUACAUGAGUUACACAGAUGACAACUGCACCAACCAUUUCACUCCCAACCAAGUGGCCCGGAUGCACUGUUACCUUGACUUGGUCUACCAGAAGUGGCUGAUGGACCAACAACCUGCCCCCAUCCCUCUGGCUGCCAUAGUGACAGACCAAAGUCCGGAUUCAGUCUCUUUCUAUUGGCUGCCUCCUAUAAGGGGCCCACUUUAUCAGAGGUCAACAAAAGAGUCAACAAAAGACUCCUCCUUCCAUGUGUCUGGUAUCAACUGUGGAGACUGUGAGAAAGACGGUGUUUUCCACCAGUACGCCUCUGAGGCUACCUCACCCCGCAUCUGUGACACGUCAGGCUACUGGACACCCGAGGAGGCAGUUGGCCCACCUGAUGUGGAGCAGCCCUGUGAUCCCAGCCUCCAGGCUUGGAGUCCUGAGCUCAGCCUUUAUGACACUAAUGUGACCUCACCAUGUCCCGACACAGAGGGCUGCACCCUCACACUAAGGUUCCUCCACCCUAUUGUCCCACACGCGCUUACCCUCUGGGUCACCUACAUCUCUUCAAGCAACCCAGCCAUAGCCAACAUAGAGCUGAUAACCGACACAGGGAAAAGCAUCAACCUCGGACCCCAGCAUGUCUUCUGCGACAUGCCCUUCACCUUGCGCCUAGACACCCACAACACCGCCGUCGCCGCCAUAAAACUCUGCACCUUCGAUGAGAAGAUGGAGAUCGAUGCUGCCAUGUUGUCCUCAGGCUCCAGCAGCCCUCUGUGCUCCGGCUGCCAGCCUCUGCUGUACAGGAUUCAGCGGCAGCCGGCCUUCACCAGCAAGUCCCCCUCACCUCAGACCCAGCAGACGUUCACUGACAGCUCGGUCAGGCAAGGAGUCAAGUACCAGUACACAAUCCAAGUGGAAGCAGACGGUCUCCUCAGCGAUCCCUCCUCACCUCUCCUCUACACCCAUGGACAGUCCUACUGUGGAGAUGGCCUCAUAGAGGGGACAGAAGAGUGUGAUGACAGUAAUCUGUUGGAUGGCGAUGGCUGCUCUAAGAAAUGCCACAAGGAGAUGGGCUUCAACUGUAAUGGUGAACCCAGUCAGUGUUAUGUUUUUGAUGGUGACGGUGUGUGUGAGGAGUUUGAGCGGGGUUCCAGCGUUCAGGACUGUGGUUACUUCACACCUUUGGGCUACACAGACCAGUGGGCAUCCACCGCCACUGCUUCUCAUCAGGAUCCCAACCGCUGUCCUGCCCAUGCUGUCACUGGGGAGCCAUCACUUACCAAGCUCUGCAGGUACCAGCACCUGGAGGUGAGUGAGAAAGUGCCUGCAGACACCUGGUUCCCUUGCACAGCCCAGUCUGACACAAAUAAUGACCUGGAACAUUCAUUUUGGCUGAAGGUGGGAUUUGUCUAUCCUGGAGUGGCAGCCUCUGUGAUGGUGUACCUGGCUUCAGAUGGGUCAUGGUCUGGAGAGCAGUGUCGGAGGACAGCCACUAUCCUCCUGUCUGAUACAACUGGCAAGAACCACUCACUAGGCACACAUGACCUCUCAUGCCAUCGGAACCCGUUGGUGGUGAAUGUGACCCACGACCUCUCUAGACCCUUCUUCAUCACGGCCGCUGUUAUUCUCCUCUUCUCCUCCCCGUCUGUGGCAGUGGGAGGCGUGGCCCUAAGAACUUCCUGCCACUUCAGCACCUUCGCCCUGACCGGCUGUUUGCGGCAGCCGUGUCAGAUGGACAGCUGCAGUCCUCCCCAGUUAGAGCAUGCCUCUGUCAGGUGUACAGGAGGAGGGGAGUCCUCUCACUGCUCUGUUCAGUGUCACCGUGGUUUCACUAUCUCUGUCCUCAACAGCAAGGGAACCCAACCACACCAGAGAGAAGCACACCUGCAGUGUUUCCAUGGUUCGUGGGAUCGUGUAGUUAGCUGUCAGCCUGUAGACUGCGGCCUGCCCGAUCAGUCUCAUGUCUACCAUGCCAUAUUCAGCUGUCCCUGGGGAACCACCUUUGGCAAACAAUGCUCCUUCACCUGUGGAUCACCAGCUAUACUACAAGGUGACAGUGACAGGUUGGUGUGUUUGGAGGACGGUCUGUGGUCUUUCCCAGAGGCCUACUGCAAGAUAGAGUGUCCAGAGGUUCCAAACAUACCCGAUGCCAAGCUGCUAACAGCAGACUGUCUGGCCUCAGGGCACGAUGUUGGCUCUGUCUGCCGUUACAAAUGCAACCCAGGCUUCUAUGUAGUCGGGAGCCUCAAAAAGAAGACACCGAGGAAGUACUUCAAGCUGGAGUGCCUGGAGGGGGGGCAGUGGGAGGAGACUAACUGUGAGCCAAUAUCCUGCCCAGCCCUACCUGAUGUAUUCCAGGGCAUGUAUACCUGCACCAGUGGCCAGUACUAUGACACCCUCUGCACCCUGCAGUGCCCAGAUACCACAGAAAAUAAGGAGAUUCGCUGCACUAAGGAGGGUGAAUGGACCGCAGAGUUCACCAUGUGCUCCAAGCUCCAGGGAUCAUGCUCUCCUCCUCCCGAUCUCAACUCUGUAGAGUACAGCUGUGACCAGGGGAUGGAUGUCGGUGCUGUUUGCUACCCAACAUGCAUUGUGGCACUGGACAUGGAUCUGCGUGACCCGGUGGUUCUGCCCAAUGGCACUACAGUUGACUCUUUACAGCACUGGAUGCUACCCACCAAAGUCCAGAGCAUAGUCUGCACAGGGAUGAUGAAGUGGUACCCUGACCCUCAACACAUCCAUUGCAUCCAGUCAUGUGAGCCUUUUGGAGGGGAUGGCUGGUGUGACACCAUCAACAACCGGGCCUACUGCCAGUAUGAUGGAGGAGACUGCUGCCCGUCCACACUCUCCACCAGAAAGGUCAUUCAGUUUGGGACCGACUGCAACCAGGACGAGUGCACUUGCCGUGAUCCGGACGCCGAGGAGAAUAAGAGCAAAGCCAAGAGCUUGGGAGGAGGAGGAGGAGGAGGAGGAGGAGGAGGUGGAGCUGGAGGAGGAAUGCAAUAAGAUGGAGGGAUGAAAGAGGCUGAACUUGUGUUAAACAGAGUCAAACCGCAGACUAUAUGCCACAACAAACAAACAAAAAAAUAUUACAUUUUAAACAUUUGUAAUGCAGAGAACGCGAUUGAAGUCAGACAUCAUCCAAUAAAAAGACAUUUUAUUUUAUCAUCAGCAAUCUUAACUGUUAAAAAGCAUCACAUAUGAGUCAUGGUGGUUUAAAAAUGUCCACAAACAUCCACACGUAAGUAUAUUGUUUUCUCUUCCUGUUAAGAAGGGUCAUCUUCACUGCUGGGUUUGUGUAGGAGCAGAAAAGCCUAUUUAAAAAAUGAGACCCAAACUGAGGAAAUGCUGAGGUCCAGUUCAAACAGGGUUAGAAAGCAGUUUAUCCACUCCUGUACAAAUCAAGUCAUCAUAAUUGGAUCAAAUCACUGUUGUAAAUGGAUUCAAGUACUUUUCUGGACUUGAUUAGUCUUGGGAUAAAGAAACCAAAAGAACUGGCUGUGCCUGAAAACUGUUUCAGUGCAUGCACAGACCUUACAGCAAGGGCUACUGCUACCAACUGUGUUUACUGUAGCACCCAGUUAGAGGAGAAACAUCAGCAUCCCAUGGAACUAUUUCAAUGUUUCACCAUUAUGUCACAGUGAGGCCAAAAUAAUUCAGUUUUUUAACUCGUCUGAUGGCUAUUCAAAAGCAAAUGAGGACUAGUCAAAUUUAAGUCAAGUGGGCAGAGGGAAAGAGUCACCUGAUUUCUGUUCCACGACACAGAAACAUUACUUCAGAAAAACCUGAUGCCUGGCAGACCAAAACAAAUCAUCCCAAACAGUAAAAUUAGUCACAACCUUCAUCAUCAAAUCCUUCUACAAACACUUCUUUCUAACACAUAGCUUGUUAGAAAUGUAAAAGGAUACAUAUCUGUAAAGACUAACAUGUAUAGACUAAUAUAUUUGGAUCACCUAACAUAUCUAAUGAAUUAGUCGCACAAGUCAACACUCUAUUUAUAUCACAGAUCCAGUAAUACAGACAUUUAUGUGUACCCUACAGCAUGUGCACAGGGCUUCCCAAAGUGUAUUUUAUGUGUUCAGCUGUAUUCACAAGAAAAACAUGUCAUACAGAUAAUGUCAGAUAUUUGUAAUCAUAAACAAUUACGUCCAAAUUUAAAUGGGAAAGUCAGAUAUCGCCUGUGCUGAAUUUCCACUGAAACAAAGACGCACUUGAAAUUGGAAUGUUGGAGUCGGCACAGCAGCGGAUAAACCAAAAAGAUAAAGACAAACAUUAAGAUAAAAAAGACUUUUGGGAAGCCUAGGCAUAUAUUUUGCACACAGACUUCAAACUUCUCCUGCUUGCAUGUUUGUAUGUCAGGUUCUGGUAUCCAUUAGCCAGAAAUGAUGAAGUACCCCAUAUUGUAUCUAUAAAAGUGUAAUCAUGUUCUUUGUGAUAUUUUACAGUACUUUAUACUCUAUAUGAAAUAAAUAGCAACUUUAUAUCGAC